AUGAUCGAUGCCACGGCGAACGCAGCGUGGCCUGCAGUCUCGACACCGGACGAUGUCAAAUCACUCAUAGAAUGCUUCUUUGCUGCAGUAGAUGAUCCGACCGAUAAAGCGGGAAACACACUAGCCGAUGAAAUAUUCACGCCUGACGGUGUGAUGAUCGCUUCUGCUGGAACAGCUACGGGAUCUGCAGGUAUGUACAACACUUUCAGUAGUUACUUGGGCUGCUACAACUUUCAGACAUAG